AUGAAAUGGUUCACUAAACGAGAUGUGUUGACAAUCAAUGACAAUCUUUUUAAAUCUGCUUCAGAUGAUUCAGCUGUCACAAAAAGAUUGAUUUUAUCCAUGUCACAGAAGGUAUUUAAUCCUAUAGGAGUCACUGCCCCAACUACAUUGGUACCAAAAUUAUUGCUGCAGAAGUUGUGGGAAAAGCAAAUACCUUGGGAUACGCCGGUUGACGAUGAAGUCGCAAUUGCUUUUCGAAAUUGGCUCACAGGAUUACCACAUCUUCUCGAAGUAGAAAUUCCUCGUUGGAUUUCUACCGAUUCUAAAGAUGUACAAAACUUGAGCAUCCACGUCUUCUGCGAUGCCAGCCAAAAAGCAUAUGCUACAGUGGUAUAUUGCAGAGUCGAAAAGGAUAAAAAUGUAUCCAUACAUUUAUUGGCUGCAAAAUCUAGGGUUGCGCCAUUGAGAAAAUUAACAAUUCCGCGUUUGGAGCUUAUGGGAGCAACAAUAGCUGCUAGACUUUAUAAGCAAGUUGCGGAUAACCUUACAAGCAACUUUGAUUGUUUUUUCUGGUGCGAUUCAUCAACUGUUAUAACAUGGAUUCAGAGCCAGGAGGAAUGGGGAACAUUUGUGUGGAACAGGGUUAAUGAAAUCAGACGAUUGACUCCAGCAGAACAGUGGUGUCAUGUACCCGGAGCAUAUAACCCUGCAGAUCUUCCAUCACGAGGUUGUUCUCCCAACCAACUUUUGGAAUCGAAAUGGUGGGAGGGUCCUAGUUGGUUGUAUCAAGAUAGAGCAGAUUGGCCAUCCGAAAGACCGAUUGUUAAUGAGGAAGAGAUCGCCGGAGAACGAAGAAAGAAGCUAGUUACAGUACUUGUAAAUACAGAACAUUCCGAUUUUUGGCAUCUAUCUUAUUUCAGUAGUUUUACCAAAACCGUCAGGUUGAUAGGUUGGGUAUUCAGAUAUUUAAACAACGUUAGGUAUCCCGCCAAAAUACAAAGAGGAGACUUGUCAGUUAACGAGUUAGAUGCUGCUGAAAAUUUUAUUUUUAAACUAGUCCAAACAGAAAGCUUUACCAAUAUCAAUGAUAAGAGAAUUAGCGGUCUUUGUCCUAUUUAUGAUCAAACAGGAAUAAUACGCCUGAAAUCAAGAGUAUUCAAUCGAGAAGAUACAGAUAAUUACAGAUUUCCCAUCAUUUUGUCAGCAAGGCACCUGUGGUUAACAAUUUGA